UAAUACGAUGAUAACUUGCGACAUUUUGUAUACAUUUUUAGGAUUAGAUUAAUCCGGACGGUUUCUUGUUUUGUUUUGUUUUGAUGGUGGUGGUUCAUGCGCAAUACCUAAACCAAAUGAUUUCAUAUUACGAAUCUAGUUGUUUUGUUUUGUUUCUGAAGCAUCCCAGAAAUCUUGAAAGAACUUUUAUGCAUUCUUCAAUGCCCAUAACAUGUUUGUAGAAAUGACCAAAUGAAUAUGAAGAUUAUCUGAUAUGUAACCUUUCAGGUAACUGCUGUGGCUUAAUCAAUGGGAAAUUGCUGCAAAUCGUCCUCCAAAACCGGAUUUAAAAACAAACAAUCAACAAGUCCACUCGCAAGCGGAAAGGUUGCCCUUAUAGAAACCCUAGAAAAAUGGGAAGAAAAACUAUCCGAAGCAAACAGAAGAGGGAAGAUGGUUGUGGUGAAUUUUAGUGCAUCUUGGUGUAGUCCUUGUAGGGUGAUAGCGCCUGCAUUCUCCAGUCUUGCUGCUAAAUAUGAGUCACUUGUGUUCUUGACUGUGGAUGUUGAUGAGCUGUCUGAGUUUAGUGCAUCAUGGGACAUUAAAGCCACGCCGACUUUCUUCUUCCUUAAAGAUGGGAGACAAGUAGAUAAACUUGUAGGGGCAAAUGUGGAAGAGCUUAUAAACAAGACCGAAGCUUUUGCUGCUGCCAACUAUCAACAAAGAUGAAGAAAUUUAAAAAAAAAAAUUUACUUGGUUUUUUUAUUGAUGAUUUACUAAAUCUGUGUGUAUUUGUUGUAGGAAUGAGAGUUGUAGUUUGUGGAUUAAUUAGUAAAUGUACUUUUUAUCAUUUAAUGGAACUAUGAUAUGCUCUAAAA